AUGAUGGAAAAAGAAGAAGAAAAACGUCCUCCCAAGACGACGACGCUGCAUCCGAUGUUUACGACGAAAGAAAAGAAGAAGGAGGAAACGAACGCGUACAAUAAUAAUAACGUUGAGAAUAUCAACGACGCGAAGAGAGUCGCGGAAGCGACCAUUGACUUGACCAAAGGAGGAGAGCAGACAGACGCAAAAACGACGACGAAUUUGAACAAAGAUAUUCAAAAAUUCUGUUGCACAAAACAAGAAGAAGAAGAGUCGUCGAUUGUCGAUUUGACGCAAGAGAAGGACAACGACGACGAAAAGGAGAAGACGAAAACGGAAGAGCAGCCUCCUCAGAAAGUGCACAGUUUUUUCCAAAAGAGGAAACCGCAGGCGAAGAGUACCGCGACGGCGACGGAUGUUCCGGGCGCGUCUCGUAAAACGCCGUACGAGGAAGCGGUGAAGCAUUUACCGCCGAUUCACGUGAACUGUCCGAUUCGGACAGUGGUGGGAGCAGAUGCAGAGGAUGUAAUGAAAGGAUAUGGGAUUGCUUUUGAAAACGCGGUGGCGUCUGCGGCGGAGAGACGACGUUCUCUGUUAAAGUCGUCGUCGGCAUCGACUGGGGCAUCUUUUCAGUGGCGAUACGAAAUCAAAAGCGACGAUGAGAAAAAAGACGAAGAAAUGAGCAUAGAAACGGAAGAAGAAGAAGAAGAAGAAGAAGAAGAAACAGAACCAAUCGAUGAGUACUCGCGAGCAAUCAUAAACCGACUCGAGUCGCAAUUUCGCGCGGCGAGUAAAGGGACUCCUUGGGUGGAAAUUUGCAAACCAACGCGCGCCUCGGAAGCGCUCGGAUCGCAAAACUCGCAACCGGCAGAUCUAUGUCGCAACUGGCUAACCAACUGGAAAGCGAGGAUUGAAAGCAACAAGAACGCGAGCAAACACACGUUUAGAAACGCGCGAAGACAACACAAGAAUAAUAAUCACUCGGACUCAGAAGAUUCCGACGCCAAGUGGGAACGCGAAAUGGGCAUGGAACUCAGCGACGAAGAAUACGACGAAGAAGGAGAAAAGAACGACGGUUUCGGCGACGGUUCCGGUGCGAACAUCGCGAACGGGUUAAUCGUUUUCGGUGACUCGGGAAGUGGGAAAACGGCUACGAUACGUGCCGUAGCGAGCGAAUUGGGAUUUAGUAUUUUAGAAGUCAACGCAGGGCAAAAUAGAACGGGGAGAGAUAUUUUAGAACGAUUCGGAGAGUCUUUACAAUCGAAGAAUUUGUUAAACAAGAGAAAGAAGAAGGAGACGGAAGAAGCGACGAUACCAACGGAUAUCAACGUUGAUGCGAAGACUACGACGAUGACGUCCGAGGAACCGAAGAAAAAGAAGAAAACAGCAAACGGAAAGAAGGCGCAGAAAGCCGUCGGUAACAAAACGCUUUUCGGGUUCGUAAAGAUGAAAGAAGCAACGAAUGGCGGCGUGGAUGAUAGUAUCGAGAAGAAGAAGAAGGAAGCCGCGGAACAAGAAAAGCACCAGGAACAACAACAACAACAACAACAACAAAAGGGUGCCAUCAGCGCCAACAACACCGUAGUCGUAUUCGAAGACAUCGAUUGCCUCUUCAGCAACGAAGACGAGGAGGCGAAAGACGUCGAUCGCGGGUUGAUCCCGGCAAUCGCAACUUUACUCGAAGCCGCGAAGCGGCCGAUCGUUGUCGUUUGUAAAAGCGAAGAGAUGCUGGACGGUGACGAUGGACAGCUUCGUCAGUUGACGUCUUUAGGCACGUCGACGACGAGAGUUGGAUUCGAGAAACCUACCGUGGAAGAGUUGGCGAAAUAUUUGCGCUUGUGUUGUUUGGCAAAGGCGAAAGCUUCUUCUCCUUCAGAAGAAAAAGAAAAAGAAAAAGAUGAUCUUUAUCCUCUGUCGACAUCGAAAGGAUCGCUGUCCAUGUCGCACUGUUUGAAGAUUGCGAAAUUAAGGAAAGGUGACAUUCGCGGCGCGCUGAACGAUUGCGAAGUUAUGAGCGCAGCUCCUCCCGGUUGCGGGAAAAGUAUCGCCUUCAAAGAAAAAGAUUUGUUCGCGGCGGGGGAUGACGAAACGACGGACGAUUUUCUCUUUGACGUCGCUUUGCCGCUCUUGAACGAUGCGUAUUCAAACGGUGCUUUGCCCGUUGCGGCUGUUGCGUUCACUGAGAAGAUUUCGAAAGACUACGAAGCGAAGGAAAAUGCAUUCGUGGCGAAAUACGCGGAAAAGUGCGACGCUCGAUUCUUGGAAUACUCGUUGAAAGAGAACGAAAAGCGCGAGAAGGCGAAAGCAGAGCGCCGGAAGAAGAAGCUUCAAGCGCUCGGUUUGAAAGAAUCGCAAGUGGAUCCUGACAUUACCGCGUGGAAAGACUUGGAAGAAGAAGGAGGAGAAGAGAAGAACAGUGAAGAUCCAUCGGCGAUGGAAAAAGAGAAGGAAGAAGAAAAGCAAGAAGAACGAAAAGUUGACAGCGUAAAGUGUACGCCGGUGAAAAACGAGCAAAGAGAAAAAGGUGCGAUGGUGAUUGUAGAGAAUGAGGACAACAACGACGGAGAAGGAAGAGGUGUGAAAGAAGGCACGUCGCCACAUUUUUCGCAGCAGAAUCUUGACAUCCCGCCGUCGCCGUUGACGUCUGCGCCUGAAGUUGCCGAGGCUUCUGUAGAAUCAGCCGAAUUCUGGGAAACUCACGUCCAAAGAAUGAACUCAGUAUCAAACCUUUCGAGCAUUCAAACUAAUUUUGACGCUUUAAUGCGUCCAAAACCGUUUGGUGCGAACGGAGUGCCGUUGUCGGUGAAACCCGGAGUGCUCGCUCGAUAUAUCGAUUACUGCGAUACCUUCAAUAGCGACACGAAGGAAACGCAAUUCAUCGACGAAGAUUUCCUCUUGACCGGUGGCGAGCCUCGAAAGCAGUUUGGGGACGAGAGAAAACGAGUAUCGUCGCAAUGCAUCGACGUUGGUUUACAACGAUUCAAAGAAAACGUCGUUGGUACUGUUUUAUGCGAAGGGGGCUUCACGGAUGCCGCAGCGAUAGACUUCACCGAGCGCGCUCGAAAAGAAGGAGAGAAAAAGGCGACGUCGGACGAAAACGAUAUUCUCUUCCGCCAACGCGAACACGCGACUCUGUUGAACCCGAAACUAGCAUCUUCGAACAGUGUUUCGUUAGCGACGUACGUCGGGUUCGCCUCUAAAAUUGCCAAAGCGAGGUUUCAACCAACCGCUCUGGAUACUCCCGGUAAAACGCGCACGAGAAGAGCGAAACUGAGCAUGCAUUUAGAUAAGGUCGUCGGCGUGCGAGAACAAGAACAAAUCGCAAACUUGUCAAAUUUUAAUAGAUAG